AUGCCUGUCUCACUUCACGCAUAUAUUGGGGAUCCUCCUCCCUCCGUUCUCAGAAAACGCAAACGCCGCAAUGUUUCUCCCGUGGUCCCCGAUCCAGAUCCCCCGUUGACCCCUCAGCGGGGAGACGUGUUCGACGCGCCCAAGGCCCGCUCGGCGCAUACAUACAAGACGUACUCGUACAAACGCGCGAGGAGCCAGCGAGAGGAAGAGGUGGUGCCCGACAGCGACGAAGGAGGCGACGCCCAUGACAUUGCACGUGUGUCUCCUUCAGAAUGGGAGGAGGAGGACAGUCCGACGAAGAAGGCAGCCGAACGCAGGAUAGUCUCUGCAGCUGAGCCCACCGACAACGACCCGCCACCCCACCAAACGCGGCGUAAGUCAUUCUCUAGUGUUUACGUCGAAAUUCCGUUUGCACCGCGUCCAUCGUCCACACGCAAGCCAUCCGCCACACUCGCUGCAAGCGCCUCGUCCAUCCGAGGCCAAUCCCGGCGAACAAACGACGCCACGCUCCCAACGCCCUCCACAACUUCUCAAGGCACCGUACCCGCACCCGCACCGACGAACCCAUCCACCGUGUUGAUGAACGCGCUCAAUUCCGCGUACGCUCACCAGACCCCCUCUCCAUCACACAAUGCACUCUCCUCCAGUGCCGGUCCCCUGCCCAGACGCCGCGGACGCGGGUCUUCAGCUAUGCAGCCCGUGGUGUCACACAGGGACGUCGCCGCGUCGACGUCCGCGCGCGGGCGCUCAUCCGUCCGGGUAGCCUCCACGACGCAAGGACGCAAGCGGUCCCCUUCUCGUACGUCAUGCUCGCGCACUAGACGCGACCACGGCGAGGAAGAACCGGCACAGAACAAAGACGAGCGACUCGAGGCGCCACCUAAACGGCCCCGCGGCCGUCCACGCAAGAAUCCUCCCCCCGAGCCCGCUCUGCCCUCCGCGUCUGCCUCCCGCGCCGCCAGCCGCAUGCGCUCAAAGUCCCGCACGGGCUCGCGCGCGGCCCCACACAUCAGCUCAGAGCUAUCGCAGCACUUGCCGCACUACCAGUCCGUCGACAUCGGCCCCCUCGCAGACGCGCUCGAGCGGCAAGCUGCCGCGGAAGCGGCUCUGAACGUGUACGCCACGAGUGCGCCCCCGGGACCGGUUCCGACGGUGAGGCGGCGUGGUAGGCCCCCAGGGAGCAAAAACAGGGCAACGCUGGAGCGCGAGGCGCAGGAGCGGUUGCGGUCGCAAUCGGCGGGGCCAUUGAGGCGGGACGCGAACGCGAACCCCAACGCGCCGCCGGUGAAGCGUCGCGGGCGGCCCCCAAGCUCAAAAAGUCGCAGCACGCUGGAGCGCGAGGCCGUGAUGGGCGGGAGUGCGAGCACACUGCCGAAGCGGCCCAGGGGUCGGCCACGGAAGGACGCGGUGUGGCCACCGCCUCAGGCUUCAACGUCGCAGGCGUCAGUGUCUGCGUUCGGCGCGACGUACGACUACACGGAGCCACUGCGGGACCCGGACGAGGACGAGGACGAUAUCAUCGACGUCGUGGGUGUCAGCGACGAGGAAGCCGACAUCCCCCGCGGACGCACUGCGAGCCGUGGGCGUGGGCGUGGGCGCGGCCGCGGCCGCGGUCGUGGGGGCGGGACUCGCGCAAGCACUUCUCGCGCCCGUACCCCAUCUGCGACUGCGUCGGCGAGCAAGGUCAGGAGUAAGAGCCGAACCGGUGCCGGAUCCCAGAGUCGCGCUGGGUCAGCGUCCACUUCUCAACCCCCAAAGCCCCGACCCCGCCCUCGGAGUAAAGCUCCCAAAGAAGUUCCACUGACCCCUCGCACAGCUAUGGCACGGGCGGCUGCAGCGGCCCCGCGCGAGCACUACCUCGAUGCGGCAACGCUGUCCUGGAAGCGGCGCGAGGACCGAAUCGCGGAAAGCGAGCGGGCUCCGCAGGGGCUGGGCCGAAUGCGGCGGCGGCGGCACACGGUACGCGUGGCGGAUGAGGACGGCGAGGACGAAGAAGUGGAGUUCCAGACGAAGGAGGCCGCGUUCGCCGCCCUGCGUGCCGCGCUCGUCGCGCGCCCGGGUGGAACCAUCAUCGAGAAACCUGCGCAAUCGACAUCGGGUUCAAGUUCUGGAUCCCAGCAGGAGGCGCUGGACGAGAGCCAGCUGCCGGUCAUCAUGGGCAAGACGGUAUUCCGCGGCAUGUGGAUGGUGGUCGGGAAGAAGGUCGACGACGCGGUCCUGAUGCAGACGCUACACGACAUCGCGCUGUGCGUCGACGUCGCGGUCGACCUCGACAACAUGCAGCUCGACCCGUCGAACACGCCGCGCCGCGCCGCGGUCUCCGUGCCCUGCGCGUGCCUCACGCUCGCCCCCGCUGCCAGUGCGGCCGCGCAGGAGGUGUCCGCCGCGGGCCCGAGCGGGGAGGCGGAACGGCUCGCGCCGAUCGCGGACCCGGAGACGGGGAGCACGAUCGCAGAGCCGCUGUUCGCGCCGCGGCCGCUCUCGCUGCCCCCCACCGAGACACUGGGCAUGUCCGCGCCGGCCUCGUCGAGCGGUGCGAACGCGAAUGCGGACGGCGCGGACGAGCACGAGCGUGUGUGCGCGGGGGAGAUGACGGUGACGAUCACCGAACAGAUGCCACCGCCCGAAUUUAGAGAGAGUGCGAAGGCACUACAAAUAUCGGUUUCUGUCGUGCACUAG